AGCCAAUCCAAGUAUGUUAUGACGGGAUUGUCUCGUUUUUGAGCGCUGUGAUGCGUUUUUUGGUUUCGAUGAUUCUUGUAUGUAGGUAUUACAACUAGCAAAACCAGCGUGUCGUGCAGCAGAGCUUCAAGACUACUUUGACAGCCAUCCCGUGUUCUUGAGAGCCAGCGGUAUCGGUCCCUGACCUCCCGAAAUGGCGGAAAGGAAGGCAGUGAACAAGUACUACCCGCCGGAAUGGACUCCUGGCCACGGCUCCAUCAACAAGUUUCGCAACUCCCACCCGUUGCGAGACAGAGCCCGCAAGUUGCACUUGGGAAUUCUAGUCAUCAGGUUCGAGAUGCCGUACAACAUAUGGUGCGAUGGCUGUGGCAACCACAUCGGCACGGGCGUGCGCUACAACGCGGAGAAGUCCAAGGUGGGCAUGUACUACUCGACGCCCAUAUACAAGUUCCGUAUGAAGUGUCACCUGUGUGACAACCACUUUGAAAUCAAGACCGAUCCACAGAAUAUGGACUACGAAAUCAUAUCAGGAGCAAGACGUCAAGAGAGGCGAUGGGACCCCAGUGAAAAUGAGCAAGUUGCGCCAGAUGACAAGGAGAUUGGCAAGAAAAUGGCCACUGAUGCCAUGUUCAAGCUUGAGCAUGAUGUUGAUGACAAGGCCAAGGUUAAAGUUGCAACACCUGCCCUGGCGAGGCUAGAACAUCUGCAGGAUCGUUGGCGAGAUGACUACACAGCCAACCAGUUACUGCGAAAGUCAUUUCGGAACAAGAAAAAAGACCUGCACGUCCAAGCCGAGAAGGACAGAGCACUCCUGAAGAAGUCGUCGCUGCACAUAAAUCUCAUGCCGGAGACGCCGGAGGACAGCCGCAUUGCCAAGCUGCUCACAUUGAUGCCCACGCAAACCUCUGACGAAAGGCAGAAGCUGAAAAGAACAGAAAUAGCCAUCCGGCCGCUGUUUGCAUCGCAAGCACCGAACUCUAGCUCUACAAAACAGUCUUUCACAGCGCAAGGCCACAAUUCCACGAAGUUGGAGCUUGAUUGCGGGACGUCAAUGCCACUGCAAAAGGACCUCGUCAGGAAACGUGCAGAAGAAGAAGACAAGGCACCAUCUUCGCCCCAAUCACCGUCUUCAGAAAGGACAAUCUCCUUGGUUUCUGAUGCGUACUUCGAUGACUCCUCUGAUGAUGAAGCAUAGCGCUCUUGUGUGUGUGGAUUGUAAAUAAUCUGUAGCAGUCUAUUGUACAGUAUUUCAUUAUGCAGGCAUAAAUACAAGGAGUAUAUUAAAUAAUAUUCAUAGUGAAA